AUGAAGACCUGCCUUAUCUUAACCUUAGCAUCAUCAACCCUGGCGGCAGUUAUUCGAAGCUCACAGUCUCUUGCCCAAACGGCAGGCCUCAUCGGUAACUACCUAAACCGAACUCGUCCAGUCUACUUCCAGCAUGAUGAUAUCCGAGUUAUCUGCGGCGGCCCUCCAGAUUAUCCAAACACGGAGUUUCCAGCCUCAGACUACAGCUACCCCAUCGGCUUGCUCUUGAGCGGAGGUAGUCGGCGCAUUCAUGUCGAAGCUGGUCCAGCGAAGUGUAUCCAGGCAGCCUGUAAUGCGGGCGGUGGAGCAGGUGUCUUUAUUUGCAACGACCAGCACAAUUCUAUCGACGUGCUAUAUACCGACGCUGGCUGGUUCGCGCAGCAGGUGUAUCAAAAAUGCAAGCAGCGCUUAGAUGGAGUUGACUACGUCGAGAAGGGCCAGGCUUACUGUCCUGAUAAUUGGAACGUGAUCCUGAGCGAUGUCGGCAAUGAGUGUACUGCUUCAACUCUACCUAAUUCCGAUUAG